GGUUACCUUCACGCUUGUUGACCGCUCCUCAAAGUCGAACACAGAAGCGACUGGGGCCACCAUGGACUCAGUGAUGGGGCAACCGUUUGUAUAUCUACCGGAUCGUCGUCACUGGGAGGACGAAUAACGACGCACAAUCGACUUUCCUCCAUUGCUCGAACUUUGAACAUCGAACCAAAUACAGUCUCUAGUCAUGAGUUCUCCAACCAACAAAGCGCAAUCACCUGAACCUGAGGCAAGGUCGCCGAAGGGAAAGGAAAGGUCGCCCACUCCUGGCCCCGCGGAUGAAUCCUCAGAGCCCUCAGAGCCCGUUGGCCUCUUGGCUGGCUCACAUUGGGCGGAACAGGAACACCCGGUUGAUGAUGAUGCCGACUCUGCGCUGGGUAGCGAUGUCGCGAGUUCAACAGCCUCACUCAGCUCCAGCAUCCUGAAAUAUCGUACGAUCCAGGGCCGUACGUACCACAGUGAUGCUGUAACUGAUCAAGAAUAUUGGGGUCCAAAUGAUGAGAUCGCCAAUGAGAUGCUGGAUAUUUUCCACCAUUUCAUGACUCUGUUCUUGGACGGAAAGCUGUAUACGGCUCCCCUCAAGGAUAACAUUCAGAAUGCACUUGAUGUCUGCACUGGUACCGGACUUUGGGCGAUUGACUUUGCCGAUGAACAUCCCAACUGUAAUGUAUACGGCACCGACAUCUCACCAAUCCAGCCCAAUUGGGUGCCUCCCAACCUUCGGUUCGACAUCGAGGACGUAACCAAACCCUGGACCUACCAGGAGAAUUUCUUCGAUUACGUCCACAUUCGCUGGCUUACCGCCGUAGUCAAGGACUGGCCCGCUCUAUAUAGAGAAGUAUAUAAGUGUAUGAAACCAGGUGGCUGGCUUGAACACAUCGACGCCGAGGUCAAUCUGGUCUGUCUUGAUGGGACCAUGCCUCCCGAUACCGCCAUGUACCAAUGGGGUCAAAUCUGGUCUGAGAUUGGGAGAAAGACGGGCCUGGUCGUGAACAUGGUGGAUUCGGGCUGUAUGGACGCUGGAAUUAGGGAAGCUGGCUUUACUAACAUCGAGGUGGAGGACCUGCUUGCCCCUGUCUCGCCGUGGCCUGCGGAUAAACGGCAAAAGGAAAUCGGCCUCUUCAACUGCGCGUUCCUAACGCAGGAUAUUGAGGGCUUUUUGACAUAUUUUUGCCCGACGGUGUUGGGCUGGACGGAGAAGGAGACGUUGAUUUAUGCUGCGAUUCUGCGGAGGGAGUAUAAGGAGUGUAAGGUCCAUGCAAACUUCAAGUGGCGCUUAGUUCGGGCCCAGAAGCCGCUGGAUGGUUGA